AUGCUUGAGGUCCCUUGGCGUUUGGUAUACUUAGCAACUAUACCAUUGAAGGUAGUCUUUGCAUUAUCAAACUCAUAUAUUCAUCCUGACGAGCAUUUUCAAAAUUUCGAAGUAUUGACAAAUAAAAUAUUAAACUAUAAUACAAUCGUACCAUGGGAAUUUUCACAAGAGGCAGCUUCAAGAAGUUUUGCACCAUUAUACUUAUUUUAUAGUCCAAUGCUAUAUCUUAUUAAAUUUCUGGGAAUUGAUUUAUCACCAAUUCAGAUUUGGUAUAUAAUCAGACUUCAGUUUGCUAUCAUAGGCACUCUAAUAUGCGAUUCAUGUCUAUGGUAUCUUCUACCAAAUAAGCCCGAGAGAAUAAAGGCCCUCUUUUUUACGCUGACUUCAUAUAUUACUUUAGUAUUCCAAUCGCACUGCUUCUCCAAUACUAUCGAAACUUGGUUGGUUUUAUUGAGCUUGGUUAUUCUCGAUGAUUUAAGGCAAAUUACUGAACUGAAAGAAAUCAGACUGCGUUCCCGAAAGAAUCAUUUUUUUUUUGGCGUGCUUUUGUCAAUUGGUAUCUUUAACAGAAUCACUUUUCCUGCCUUCAUUAUUUUUCCGUCUUACUUCCUAUUGGUGAACCUAUGGUCAAAUAUGUUUGAUGCGGUCUGGUGUGUUCUUGGCUUUCUUUCAGUAUCCUAUAUCUUUGUGUUGAUCGAUACAGUGUCAUAUGGAAUCAAAUUAACUAGCGUUAUACUGAAUCCUUUCAGCUUUCAAUCUUAUAUUUUGACACCGCUUAACAAUUUUAUAUAUAACUCCAAGAUUGAGAAUUUGUCUACUCAUGGUUUGCAUCCUCGAUAUCAACAUGUGCUAAUUAAUGUACCUCAGAUUUUGGGUCCCGGAUUAUUCUUGCUAUUUUAUAGGUUUCGGAAUAGAUAUUGGAAGACCAUACCUUUCUUGAGUGCUCUAGGUGGAUGUCUAUCUUUAUCGAUUUUUCCGCACCAAGAACUCAGAUUUUUAAUGCCUAUUUUACCUUUAUUGUGUUCUUGCUUUGAUUUAAGAAGCUUCCAAUCAGAUUCAAAUGAAAGCGAUAUAAAAUCAUCAUCCAUCUUCAAAUUCAUCUUGAAUGCGUGGUAUGUUUUCAAUAUCAUAUUAGCGAUUCUCAUGGGCACAUAUCAUCAAGGAGGUGUUAUACCUGCUCUUGAUUACUUUCAUCAAUCAUUGAUCAAACUGCAUGAGGUUAAAACGGCUCAAAUCUGGUGGAGAACAUAUUCACCACCAGCUUGGAUUUUGGGAGAUCUCUACAACACUGUUGAGGUUAAAUCUUUGUCAAAUUUAUCUUUUGAUUCUGUACUGUCAGAGAAUCAAAAAAAUGAGUUGAUUGAUGGAAUGGGAAUGGAAAAAGGACUGCUUCUCAAAUUGAUCUCAAACAGUAGAAAGGCGGGCUUUCGUCGUGUGUUUUUGGUGACUCCUACAUCGUCAUUCAAUUUAGAAUUAAAGCAUCAAUUAAAUGCGAAUGAGAUUUGGCACUAUGCGUACCAUUUAGAUUUAGAUCAUAUUAAUAUAGCCAUAGCUGAGACAUUUAAACCAGGUCUAAGUAUUUAUGAGCUCCUUUGA